GGAACCGGCGGGCGGGGCGCGGACCUCGGCUCCCGGAGCGCGGAGGGUCGGGUGAGUCUCCCGGGAUUGGGGUGCUCCCGUGCCCGGGGCUUGCGUCCCCCGCGCCCCCGCCAUGCGCCCACCUCGGCCCCGCGCCGCGCUGCUCGCGCUCCAGGUCGUGUCCCUUGCGGCCGCCGAGGCUCCGCACCUGGUGCGCGUGGACGCGGCCCGCGCGAUGCGUCCCCUGCAGCCCUUCUGGAGGAGCACCGGCUUCUGUCCCCCACUGCCGCACAGCCAGGCUGACCGGUAUGACCUCAGCUGGGACCAGCAGCUCAACCUGGCCUACGUGGGUGCCGUCCCUCAUGGUGGCAUCGAACAGGUUCGGACCCACUGGCUGCUGGACCUCAUCACGGCCAGGGGGUCAGCCAGGCACGGCCUGAGCUACAACUUCACCCACCUGGACCGGUACCUGGACCUUCUCAGGGAGAAUCAGCUCUUCCCAGGCUUUGAGCUGAUGGGAAGCCCCUCCGGACGCUUCACUGACUUUGAGGACAAGCAGCAGGUGUUCGAGUGGAAGAACCUGGUCUCCCUCCUGGCCAGGAGAUACAUCGGUAGGUACGGCCUCAAGCACGUUUCCAAGUGGAAUUUUGAGACGUGGAAUGAGCCGGACCACCAUGACUUUGACAACGUGUCCAUGACCUUGCAAGGCUUCUUGAACUACUACGACGCCUGCUCCGAGGGUCUGCGAGCCGCCAGCUCGGCUCUGCGCCUGGGCGGCCCCGGAGACUCCUUCCACCCGCUGCCGCGCUCCCCGCUCUGCUGGGGCCUCCUGGGGCACUGCCACAACGGCACCAACUUCUUCACCGGGGAGGUGGGCGUGAGGCUGGACUACAUCGCCCUCCACAAGAAGGGCGCGGGCAGCUCCAUCUACAUUCUGGAGCAGGAGGCGGCGGUCGUGCGGCAGAUACAGCGGCUCUUCCCGAAGUUCGCGGACACCCCCGUUUACAACGACGAGGCCGACCCGCUGGUGGGCUGGUCCCUGCCGCAGCCCUGGAGGGCCGACGUGACCUACGCUGCCAUGGUCGUGAAGGUCAUCGCACAGCACCAGAACCUGCUGGUGGCCAACAGCAGCUCCUCCGUCCGCUACGCGCUCCUAAGCAACGACAACGCCUUCCUGAGUUACCACCCGCACCCCUUCUCUCAGCGCACGCUCACCGCGCGCUUCCAGGUCAACGACACGCGCCCGCCGCACGUGCAGCUGCUGCGCAAGCCGGUGCUCACAGCGAUGGCCCUGCUGGCCCUGCUGGACGGUGAGCAGCUCUGGGCUGAGGUGUCGCGGGACGGGACGGUGCUGGACAGCAACCACACGGUGGGCGUCCUGGCCAGCACCCACCACCCCACUGGCCCCGCCAACGCCUGGCGCGCCACGGUGCUGGUCUACGCGAGCGACGACACCCGCGCGCACGCCAACCGCAGCGUACCCUUGACUCUAAGCCUGCACGGGGUGCCCCCGGGCCCGGGUAAGCAGGGCUCCCAGAGAGGGUGCUCCAGCCCCUGCGGUGGGGGUAGCUCUGGCGGGGCGGGGCCUGGAGGAGGCGAGACCCGGCCCCAGCAUCCCGCUCCGCAGAGGUCGUCUUUGUCCAGCUCUACAUGGACAACUGGCUCUGCAGCCCCUACGGCGAGUGGCGGCGCCUGGGCAGGCCCGUCUACCCCUCUGCUGAGCAGUUCCGGCACAUGCGCGCAGCCGAGCAGCGGCCGCCUGACGCUGCGCCCUGAGCUUCCUCUGCCCUCGCUCUGGCUGGUGCACGUGUGCGCGCGCCCGGAGGAGCCGCCGGGGCAGGUGACCCGGCUCCGUGCUCUCCCCUUGACCCACGGGCAGCUGCUUUUGGUCUGGUCCGAUGAGCGUGUGGGCUCCAAGUGCCUGUGGACCUAUGAGAUCCAGUUCUCCCCGGAGGGUGUGGUGUACCUGCCCAUCAGCAGGAAGCCUUCGACCUUUAACCUCUUCGUGUUCAGCCCAGACACGGCUGUUGUCUCCGGCUCCUACCGGGUUCGUGCUGUGGACUACUGGGCCCGACCGGGCCCCUUCUCGAGCCCCGUGUGGUACCUGGGGGUCCCUGCCCCGUGAGGGCCACUGCUGCCUCGCGACUGGACCUGUGCUGACCGUGAGCCUGGGCGGCCAGAAGCCAUGCUGGGCCAGACUGCCGUCAGCCUCUCAGCCAGUCAUCCCCUCUGUUUGUCCCCUCCUGCCCCUCAUUCACCCCCUUAAAGUGCCUUUCCACACACAGUAAUGGGGACGGCCUUCGUGGUGGGCACUGGGCAGACACGAGGCCUGGCUGGAGUGAGGCCAUCCCCGCCUCGCCCCACCCCUGCCUGUGGGAGCCGGGAUGGGACUCGGGUGAAGCGCAGACAGGUGUGAGUUGCCACUGGGGUGCCUGCCCUGUGUGCCUGGGGUCUCUGGUGUCACCGCUGGGUGCAGCAGGCCCCAUUCCCAGCCCCUGCUCCAGGAGGGCCCAGAGGGUUCCCACUUCCUGAGGCCCAGCCAGGCUGCCCCCUGCACCCUGCCUGCCCAGACUGUCCCCAAUGGCAGGAAAGGCUGGCAGUGUCCACUCCUGCGGUCAUCCGGGCUCCUUAUCUGGGCCCAGGAGGAAACAGCACGCCCAGACGAGGGCGACUUGGGGACUGUGGAUGGACAUGUGGACAGGGGGCAGGGAAGCCACGAGGGGUGGUGUGGAGCCCUGGAGCUCCUCCCCAACCCCCCAUGCCCACCCCAGGGCAGGUGGAGCUGACAGAGAACCGUGUGAAGAGGCCACCUGGUGAGGCCACGUGGCGAGGAGCAGGGGUGCAGCCAGUCUGGGGCGAUGCAAGCAGGAGUGGGGGCCCCGACCCACCCUCCUCUCUCUGCUGCCCUUCGAGCUGCCUGGGCUCAGGGAUGGGGGGGGGCAGGCCUGGCAGGGCACAUGGAAGGCAAGGCCCAGUCACCCCCAGCUCCUGUCCACAUGGAAAGGGUGGGGCACCAGGGCCCACCAGCUGCCUCAUCCUUGGCUGGGGAUGGCAGUGUGAGCAUUCUCCACCUGAACCCCAAAGCCAUCACCUGUCCCCAUUGCCCUUGGCCGCUGGGGGAGGCUUCAGGGCUUGGUGCCUGGGGCCCCACUGUUACCAUACAAGGGGUGUUGGGGUGCCCGGUGGGCCUCCGGUUUCUGGGUGUUGUCUUCCUGCCUCGUCAGGAAGCUCUGCCUGGAUGUGGCUAUGUGACCAAUCACCACGGUGUGCAGGCGGCCCAUACGGCAGACGCUCAUUCUCUCACAUCCUGGAGGCCGCAGCCUGAGGGCAGGGGUUCCUCCUGAGGGCUCUCUCCUUGCCUGGCAGAUGGCCACCUCCUCCCCGUGUCCUCACAUGGUCGUCCCUUUGUGUGUGUCUGUGUCCUAAUCUCCUCUUACAAGGACACCAGCCAUGUGGGAUUCAGGCCCACCCAUAUGACCUCAUUUUAAUCACCUCUUUAAAGGCUCCCUCUCCAAAUACAGUCACUUCUGAGGUACUGGGGGUGAGAACGUCCGUGUAUGAAUUGGAGGAAUCCAGUCCAGUCGGUAACGAGCACCAACCCUAUUUCUUCGUGGUGGUAGGAAUGCAUCACCCUGGCGUUAAAGCAGCCUCUUCUUUUUGGGAUACAGGCUGCUAUAUAUAAAAUAUAAACAAUAGGCCCUACUGUAUAGCACAGGAAACUAUAUUCAAUAUCUUGUAAUAAACGGUAAUACAAAAGAA